UGCCGAUAGGUAGCUCGCAGAAGAGGUGCUUGCUCUUAUUCGAAUUCAUACUUAUUGUUGGAUUUAUAUUUAACCGAUUUUUUUACUUUUUUUUUAUUUUCUUUAUAUAUAUGUAUAUAUUAUAUCGUUUUUGUGACCAAAUCCAAAUAUUUCGAGAAUCCAAUCGUCAAGUGUUUGUGGUGAUUUGCUGAAACGUUUUAACGCACGACGAUUUUAUAUCGAGAUAACAACGUUAACACAGCGACAUAAUGACGGAAUUGAUAGGAAAAAUUUACGAUGCUUACCGGGAUCUAAUGGACAACAAGAGCGAUCCAAGAGUCAACGACUGGUUACUAAUGAGCAGUCCGUUUCCCACGCUAGCGAUUUGCCUGUUCUAUGCUUAUUUCUCCAAGGUAUUGGGACCAAAACUGAUGGAAAAUCGAAAGCCUUUCGAUUGCAGAAAAGUAAUGCUGUGGUACAAUUUGUUUCAAGUGAUAUUUUCGAUAUGGCUGUUUCGCGAAGCUUGGGUAUCCGGUUGGGGAGGACAUUAUUCUUUUAAGUGUCAACCGGUCGAUUACUCGUACAAUCCAAUAGCAGUGCGCAUGGCGCACGGUUGUUGGUGGUAUUACGUCUCUAAGUUUACCGAGUUUGCAGAUACAACUUUUUUUGUGUUGAGAAAGAAGAACGAUCACAUUUCCACUCUCCACGUCAUCCAUCACGGAAUCAUGCCUCUAUCUGUCUGGUUUGGAGUUAAAUUCACUCCCGGUGGUCACAGUAGUUUCUUCGGUUUUCUAAACACUUUUGUACACAUCGUGAUGUACUCGUAUUAUUUCCUGGCGGCGCUUGGACCACAAUUGCAGCCGUAUUUAUGGUGGAAGAAAUAUUUGACGACGUUGCAAAUGAUCCAGUUCGUUCUUGUAAUGAUCCACGCGUUCCAACUGCUUUUUAUCGACUGCAACUAUCCGAAGGCCUUUGUAUGGAUCAUUGGCCUCCAUGCCGUGAUGUUUUACUUUCUUUUCCGCGAUUUUUAUUUUGAAGCGUAUAAAAAAAAGAAUUUGAAAAAAUUGUCAGACAUGCAGACGUCGAAGGACAACAAGUGCGAGAAGCAUCAAACCGAGCAGGCCGCUGUAAGCGACGUUAAAGAGAGCGUCAAUGAGAAAGGCGCGAUAUACGCGAACCAAUAUAGAAUGGCCACCGGCUAUAUCUCGGACAGCGGCCUCAGAAAUCGCGUAUUUAUUGACAAUCGAAACUUCAAAUAAAUUUUUCUUUUAUUCGAAGAUAUUUCGAUUACUUCAUCGGUUUUGUUUAUAUAACAAGCGUACAUCGAGCAUACCUUUGCUGCGAAUCAUCGCAGAACAGGUUGUACGUACUGGUUUACCUUCGCGAAGGUUGAAAUCUAAGUAAGAAGGUUGGGUAAGUUAAAUGUUUUUUUUUUUUUUUUUUUAUAACUGAGUUAUAAGUUGAAGUUAAAGAUCUUGCUCGAGCAAGAUUCUUGCUGCUGUUGCGCAUUCGCUCUUCCGCUGCAGCGUGCAAUAGACACGUUCCGUUUUUUUUAUUCAUAAGCGCGCAUGAUCUACAGUAUGUGUAACGUAUACUAUGGAUAAAUGUGCGCAUGAAACGGAACGCAUCUUAUAAACGUCUCACAACUGUAAAGCCCCUUGCACAAUGCGAAGGGAAUAGCGAUAGCGAUAGACACAGAAUUCCAACUCGUCGGAAAUUUUAUCGCUAUUGCUUAUUCCGUUUUCUGAUCCGCAUUGAUACAUGUGUAUUUUUGUACGUUAGAUUUCGCUGUGUUCUUAUACACUGUUAUUUAUAAAUAUAAACUCUUUAAAACUCUGGUGUUAUUUCUAUCGCUAUCGGUUCAAUUCUCGAACACGUACGAAUUUAUUCGCAUACAAAACGAGCUCAUUCUGAGCUUUGUGAUUGGCUUCGAAUUUUUCAGUCUAUAAUAAGUAUACGAUCGAACUAUGGUCAUACGACGAAAUAUAUGGUUCGUUUUGUAUGCGAACAAUUUUGCGUGAAGAUCAAAAUCUUAUGGCACGGCUACCUUGAAGAGAAUUGAAAUAAAAAGUUAACGGUUACCGAUAAAAUGUAACUAAAUUAAGUUAAAAAGUAAGAUUCUAAAAAUGUAACUAAGUUGUAAUUAUUUAACUUUUUAUCUUAACUUUUGUCUUUUUAACUAGACACUACCCAAUCCUGGUAAAUAAGUUCUCUCAGAGUUUUCUGUAAGUGUUUCAAAGCGGAAUCUCACUUGUACAAAAGACUUUUUGAUAUUGCGCGUAUAUUUGUGUGUAUGUAUGCAUAAGUGUGUUUAUACAUGUAUAGAUGCUAAUGUAAGAAAUAAAAACAGAGUAGAUAUGAAAUAACGAGGUUAUCAAAAUAAUAAAACGUUAAUCUCACAAUUAAAUUAAAUAUUAAAUCAAAUUGUGUUC